CUCCCAGGGGUCCGAGGGGCGCACUGGGGUCUGGAGGGCCUCCCUGUGGCCCCCUAUGGUGCCACAUGCCCUGAGGGGCUGGGGCCUGGGCACCUGUCAGCGUGGGGCGCUGUCUGUCCAGCGUUUCCCCUCCUCCCUCUUCUGGCCACUGCCGCCUCCUGUCCCCUCCCCUCCCUUCUUCCUUCUCCUGGUCCCACCUCCAGCAGCCUCUCCCGAGGCUCCUCCUCACCUCUGUCCUCCUGGACUGUCCCAGCCCCUACCUUGCCUACACUCACCUUUUUCCCCUUUCAGAACUGAGUAAGGACGAGCGGGGGUGGGUACAGCUGGGGCUUCGGGCACCACAGGCAGAGACUUUAGGCCCUCUCCCACGCUGCCAGCCCUCUGGUAACCCCUCCCUCCAAGCUGGGGGGAGGGGGGACAGCACCCAGAGGGUUAAGGCUGCAGGGGGGAGGGGCUGGGCCAGGUCGUGGGCGGCCCCUUUGAAGGAGGGAGCUGGAGCGGGGAACAGCCACCCCACCUCCCCCCCCCCCAGCCCAGCCCUCCCCCACCCCUUCCAACCUGCUCCCCCCAGGGGCCAAGAGGAGUUGCCGGCAAGGCCCCUCAGCGUUCAGGAGAAGAUGGGGAGCCCUGAGGACGACCUCAUCGGGAUCCCAUUCCCAGACCACAGCAGUGAGCUCCUGAGCUGCCUCAAUGAGCAGCGGCAGCUGGGCCACCUCUGCGACCUCACCAUCCGGACGCAGGGCCUCGAAUACCGCACCCACCGGGCGGUGCUGGCCGCCUGCAGCCACUACUUCAAGAAGCUCUUCACGGAGGGCGGCGGCGGGGCGGUGGUGGGGGCGGGGGGCGGCGGUGCAGCGGCGGGGGGCGCCGGCGUGUGUGAGCUGGACUUCGUGGGGCCCGAGGCGCUGGGCGCCCUGCUGGAGUUCGCCUACACGGCCACGCUGACCACCAGCAGCGCCAACAUGCCCGCCGUGCUGCAGGCCGCGCGGCUGCUGGAGAUCCCGUGCGUCAUCGCGGCCUGCAUGGAGAUCCUGCAGGGCAGCGGGCUGGAGGCCCCCAGCCCGGACGAGGACGACUGUGAGCGAGCCCGCCAGUACCUGGAGGCCUUUGCCACGGCCACGGCCACGGCCUCGGCCUCCGGAGUUCCCAACGGAGAAGACAGCCCGCCCCAGGGGCCCCUCCCGCCCCCGCCCCCGCCGCCCGCUCGGCCGGUCGCCCGACGCAGCCGCAAGCCCCGAAAAGCUUUCCUGCAGACCAAGGGGGCCCGGGCGAACCACUUAGUGCCCGAGGCGCCCACGGCGCCCGCCCAUCCCUUGACCUACGAGGAGGAGGAUGUGGCGGGCAGAGUGGGCAGCGGCGCAGGCAGCGGGCUGGGGGAGAGCUACAGCCCUCCGGCGGGGACUGCUUCACCCCCCGAGGGGCCCCUGACCUACGAGCCGUACGAGGGUGAGGAAGAAGAAGAGGAGCUGGUGUACCCUUCUGCCUACGGGAUGGCGCAGGGAGGUGGGCCCCCACUAUCCCCAGAGGAGCUGGGCUCAGACGAGGACGCCAUCGAUCCCGACCUGAUGGCCUACCUGAGUUCGCUGCACCAGGAUGCUCUGGCACCAGGCCUGGACGGCCAGGACAAGCUGGUGCGCAAGCGCCGCUCCCAGAUGCCCCAGGAGUGCCCGGUCUGCCACAAGAUCAUCCACGGGGCAGGCAAACUGCCACGCCACAUGAGGACCCACACGGGUGAGAAGCCCUUCGCCUGUGAAGUCUGCGGAGUCCGCUUCACCCGGAACGACAAGCUGAAGAUCCACAUGCGGAAGCACACGGGAGAGCGCCCCUACUCGUGCCCGCACUGCCCAGCCCGCUUCCUGCACAGCUACGACCUCAAGAACCACAUGCACCUGCACACGGGGGACCGGCCCUAUGAGUGCCACCUGUGCCACAAGGCUUUCGCCAAGGAGGACCACCUGCAGCGCCACCUCAAGGGCCAGAACUGCCUGGAGGUGCGCACCCGGCGGCGCCGCAAGGACGAUGCACCGCCCCACUACCCGCCGCCCUCUGCCGCCACCCCGUCCCCUGCUGGCCUCGACCUCUCCAAUGGCCACUUGGACACCUUCCGCCUCUCUCUGGCUCGAUUCUGGGAGCAGUCAGCCCCUACUGGGCCCCCGGCGUCCACCCUGGGGCCCCCUGAUGACGAUGAGGAGGAGGGGGCGCCCAGGACGCCGCAGGCUGAGGGUGCCAUGGAGUCCUCUUAAAGAGGCCGAGGGGCCGGGCUGGAGCGGCGCGAGGCCGGGCGCCCACGCCAAGCGGUGGGAGCCCGCGGGACAGGCAGAGCUGGGGUCAGGGCGCUGGGCCUCCCUGGCUUCAGCAGUCCGCCCCCCUCCCCCCAGAGCCCUCGUUCCAGUUCCAAGCUGAGAAGGUUUGGGGGUCGAGGCUCCCCAGAUUGGGGUGAUCUCCCAAGGAGUGAUACAUGAUAGUAUGUCUCUAUUUACAGCUCUGUUUGUUGUAAAGGUGGGGUC